AUGCCAAAUGGAAUACUUACCAACUAUAAGGUCGCCAUCGGAAACACCACCUCCGAAGAAACUCAAGGCAAAGCCCUCAUCGACGAAGCAAUCCGCCAAAACAUCAAAUUCCUAGUCUACAGCUCCGUCGACCGCGGCGGAGACGCGACCUCCUACGACAACGCCACCAACAUUCCCCACUUCAUCAAAAAACACAACAUCGAGCACCACCUCGUCUCAAAAACCAAAGACACAGAUACAGAGUGGUUCAUCCUCCGACCCACCGCCUUCUUCGAAAACCUCGUCCCAGGAUUUAUGGGCAAGGUAUUCGCCACGUCCUGGGACAUGACGUUGAAGAAUAAACCGCUUCAGUUAGUCGCGACGAGCGAUAUCGGUUAUCUAGCCUCUGAGGCCUUCAUGAACACUGAGAAAUACAAAGGCACGGCGGUGUCGUUAGCCGGGGAUGAGUUGACGUAUGAGCAGAUGGCGAAGGCUUUUAAGGGGAAGACAGGGCAGAAGGUUCCGACUACAUUUCGGCCAGUUUGUUCGGUGUUGAUGGCUAGUAUGAAGGAUUUUGGGCUCAUGUUUCGAUGGUUUAGAGACGAGGGGUAUAAAGCUGAUAUUGCGGAUUUGAGGGCGAAGCAUCCGGAGUUGAAGGAUUUUGGGACGUGGUUGGAGAAGGAAAGUCAGUUUAUGAAGCAUUGA